UGAUACAGUUUAUCUCUGUGCCUCAUUUCGAUUGGGACAGGUGGAGAAACUGAAGCUAAACGAAUUAAGUGCUUUUUUGUGGAUCCUGAGGGGUGAUUGUGACAAUGACGAGUAUAGAAACUGUAGGGGCUCUAAUCCUCAAAAUCCUCAAAUUGGUCCUCAACUUGAUCAUCAUUAUCUUAUACCGAACUGGCUAUAGCGGCGGCUUUUUGGGAGUCGGGGGCACUUGGAACUUGAAUGAAGAGAAAAACCCGGAUGCUGAAAUCGUAGCAUCGGGGAUUUUCGUUGGAUACUUCAUCUAUACAUGCGUUUCUAUCAUAAGCUUAUGUUUUGCUACAGCCGACCACAAAAACACUUUUACUGACAUUUUGAUGAACAUUAUUGGAGUUUUCCUAUGGGUUGCUAUUGGGGCUACUGCGAUUCAUUACUGGAGUGGUUACCUCUUAGAACAUAAAUACCAAACAACGGCUUCCGAAAGAGAGGUGGGGCUGGCUAUGGGGGCUUUGUGUAUACUGAAUGGAGCAGCGUACCUCGUCGAUACAGUCUUGUCUGUCGUUUUUGUCAUCAAGUCGAAGUUGUAAAUUGAGUCAGACAAUGACCGCUGAUUAUGACAAAAAUGUUCGAACUAGAAUUAGUUUUACAUGAGUACUUUAUACCGUUUGUAUUUAGAAUAUAAGUUAAAAUUUUUGUAAUAAGUAAGUCCAUCAUAUCAUAUUUAUGCCUGAUUUUGUAUGCACUCCUUCCCCCACAUUUUUAUUUCAGGUGUUAAAAAAUAAUGUAAAAAAUGUGCUAGGGAGUUUGAAUGUUCAAAUAAAGUAAUGCUUUUUUUUAA